AUGAAGCUGUCUAUAGCUCUUUUGAGCGUGGUGGCUCUCGUAGCCGUCAGCGGCCUGCCAUCACACCAAAGACCAGUAUCCGGUUGCGGAGGAACCGAAGAGGUCUCCAGCUCUUUUAAGAAGUCGGCAGCUUCCGGCUCUUCCAGCAGCUUGCAUGAGAGUGGCUCCAGCUCUAUCACCAAGAGAGCCCAUGGAGAGACCCUCAUAAAGAAGGCGGAAAGCGAACGCGAGCAAGCACAAGCAGCCCACGCUAGCCGACAAGAAGAAGCUAAGCAAAGGAUUGUCAAACACGUUGGAGGAGGCGUCAUCGAACAUGAUUCAAGCAAGCAGGCCAGCUCUGCGCAGCAGCAGAAAAAGUCUUCUUCGGCUGCGAGGAAUGAGGAACUGAUUAUCAGCGGCCAUGGGUCAUUUAGCAAAAAUACGGAGAAAAGUGCUAAGCAAGACGCCUCCCAAAGCGCGUCUGCUGCAUCCAGCAGUUCCGCAAAGAGGAUUAGCCACUCCAGUGUCGAAGAAAGCGAGAAGCAGAGAUCUGCCCAAUCAGCCAAGAAGAGCAGCGCACAGCAAAAUGAGCGUGAGGAACUCCUCAUCCGAGGAGGCAGCCGUGUGGAGAACAGCUCCAAGAACUCCAAGCAGGCGCAGUCAGCUCAGCAAUCGGCUAGCCAACAGCAGAGCUCAUCGAGACAUUCUGGUUCUUCAUCACAAUCUGAAAGGUCAUCGAGACAUUCUGGUUCUUCAUCACAAUCUGAAAGCUCCAACUCCAAGAACUCCGCCAGCAAACAAGCCAGCGCAAGUGAGAGCAGCGAAGAGAGAGAGGAAAGGGAAAGGCGCGAGCGCACCGCCGUGGAAAUCGAGGAAGAGAGACGCAGGAAGGCAAGCAGCCAGGCAUCUAGCUCCAGCUCUGAGAGCGAAGAGGCCAGGCGUAAGAGAGUCUCUGGGUCUUCAAAGGAGACUGUGUCAUUUAGCAAAAAUACGGAGAAAAGUGCUAAGCAGGACGCCUCCCAAAGCGCGUCUGCUGCAUCCAGCAGUUCCGCAAAGAGGAUUAGCCACUCCAGUGAAAUCGAGAAACAGAAAUCUGCCCAAUCAGCCAAGAAGAGCAGCGCACAGCAAAAUGAGCGUGAGGAACUCCUCAUCCGAGGAGGCAGCCGUGUGGAGAACAGCUCCAAGAACUCCAAGCAGGCGCAGUCAGCUCAGCAAUCGGCUAGCCAACAGCAGAGCUCCAACUCCAAGAACUCCGCCAGCAAACAAGCCAGCGCAAGUGAGAGCAGCGAAGAGAGAGAGGAAAGGGAAAGGCGCGAGCGCACCGCCGUGGAAAUCGAGGAAGAGAGACGCAGGAAGGCAAGCAGCCAGGCAUCUAGCUCCAGCUCUGAGAGCGAAGAGGCCAGGCGUAAGAGAGUCUCUGGGUCUUCAAAGGAGACUGAGGAACAACGCAAGAGUAACACAAAGAGCUCUUCAACUUCUAAACAAAGCGAAGAAGAAUCAAAGCGAAGCAAAGAAAAAACUGUAAUACCAGCACAUGGAGGCACAACUGGCGUCCCAAGCAUUCCAGGAAGCCCAGGUCAUAAUCAUUUAUUCAAUCUUAACUGUUUGUAUUUGUAA